CGAGGUUUUCGCGCUGUUGUUGUUUUGAGUGAAUAAAAAAUGAAUAUAUAAAUUCAAGAACUUCAUUUCUGUUAAAUUGUCUUUGUCACAGCUGUAAUUGCUAUAAACGAACGAUGUGGUUCAAACAGGAAGUUUUGUAUCCCAGACUUACAAGGAGUUUGCUUUGGAUGGUUUUUCUGCAAGAAGUUUACCUUGUUGUUUUCCUCUUCUUGGUGAAAUUUUCUUUUUGGAAUCCACUUUCUAGUGUUCUAGAUUGGGUUUUGCAUGUGUUUCAUUGGAAAAUAAUGCUAUACCAGGUUUUUCUAUGUCUGUCCACUGUUGUAUUUGGUCUCUUGAACAUGCACUUUUAUGCUGUUGAAAAGUUUGUUUGCUCCACAAGAUUUGAAAUCAUUUGCAAAUCAUUGAGCCCUCAUUAUCUGAAGCAUAUUCUCAUUACUACUAUAUUAGGAGGAGUUAUAGCAUAUUGCUGUACAGGAUUGUUUUACAAUAAUGAUGAAGAGUCAAGAACGUAUGCCGAAUAUUUCUUAACUCUUGAAGAUGGCAGUUACUGUUUCUUUGUUGUUGGUUAUGGCUGCUAUACUGGAAUUAUGUUUAGCUUGAAGUAUUUCAUUUGUAACUCGUUUUUAGUCAAAUUUACAUUAGAGCAGGAUGUAAAAAUGAAUAAUGUGAGGCGACAAAUUUGGGAUGUAUCAAAAGAUGCAUUUACAUAUGUGCUAAAAGGAACUCAUUGGUAUUAUAUAUUAUUUCUCAUUCUAGGAUUCAUGUUCAAUAACUCCGCUUCAUCACUUACCGGAGCCUUCAGAAGUAAUGAAGGUUGGAUCUAUGGACUGGUUAGUUUAAAAUUACUAUCAGUUGUAAUCAUUUCUGGAGCAGUAAUUUUCUUCAACUUCAGUUUAUACCUAUGCAUAUUCAAUACAUUUGUUUCUCAGCCCUAUACUUUUCCAAUUGAAGUACCACUAAAGGGUAACAAAGAAAAGGUUCUGUCUAAAGCUUUAUGCUCGGAACUUCAGUUAUUAAAGUACCUAGCCGUAUUGGAUUUGAGAACUUUAGCACAGCAUAAUUUACCAAGAAGGCAACAAAUAUUUUCAAUUAGUCAACCUGGUGGUCAUCCUCAUAACUGGAAAAGCAUAACAGAUAUCUGUAUAAAAUCAUUACAAGCAUUUAUUCAGCAGUUGCAGGAAUAUUCUAUGAUGACAUGUAAUCCCAAAGCAAUUUCAGAAAAAGAAACUCUAAAAUUGAAACAAAUCCCAACGAAAUUUGAAAAAAAAUCUCCAGAUCUUUCUGAAAAGAUUUUUAUGUUCAUCCGUGAAAGACCUAUUAUAUCCUAUUUUUUUGAUGAAUUUCCAAAUGCAAAAUUAAUGAAGUUGUUUGCAUCUUCUCAACCCUCCAUAUGGAUGAUAGAAGCUCUUGGGUUUCUUGUGUCUGCUUCAUAUAAUGAAGACAAAUUUGGAGUUAUCCAGUCAUCUUUAGAACAAAUCAUUUGUCUGCUACUGGAUAUUAAAAUGGCUGAGGAGAAAAUGCCUGUCGGUUUAGUUGGAAUUAAUACAUAUGUUAAGGAUCCCCAAGGUCGUUACGAACAUAUACAUCAAAGAUUGUCUUUAAGAACAUCUACAAACACUGCCUUGUAUAGAAUAGCAGCUACUUUCAAAAAUGAUAUAAAUGGCAUCUAUCUUCCUCAAGAAUAUCGCAAAUAUUUUGAACGAUAUCUAAAGCAAAGCAGUAGCUGAAUUUUUCCAACCUAAGCCAAAAACCAUUUCUUGUACAUAACAAUACUGAACUUCCAUUUUAUUUUUUCAGUUGCUACCCUAUUGUAAAAUAUUGUACAGUUUUUCAGUGUUUCAAAAGUCUUAAAUAUUUAUCGGUAUCGACAAUGUGUGUUUACAUUUUAAUUAAAAAAAUGUAAAUGGCUAUAAUU